AUGCUUCUGAUAGGUAACGCCGUGCUGUUGAGGGUUUUACCUGCUGUGUAUGAUAAGCAGCCUCAACCAAUUAACAGACACUUCACAGAACUCCUAGGCUUGAUGUCUCGACUGGAACAACCAGAACAGUACCAUCUUCUACGGCUUUUGCAUGUAGCUGCAAAGAGGAAGCAAAUGGAGGUGGUUCAGAAGUGUAUUCCUUUCCUAAUUGGGCAAUUGAAGGAUUCGACCCAUAACGACAUCAUCCUAAGCAUCCUCAUAGAGAUUGCAGGCUACGAGCCAGUGGCUUUGAACAGUUUUCUUCCAAUGCUGAAAGAGAUUGCUGAGAGAUCCCCCUACCUCAUUGGACAAAUGGCAAGAAUCUAUGGGGCUGUCGGGCAUGUGGAUGAAGAGAGAGCCAGGAGCUGCCUGCCAUUCCUGGUGAGUCAGCUGGCCAGCAUGGAGCACUCGUUUCAUCAUAUUCUCCUGCUGGAGAUCAAGAGCAUCACGGACACCUUCUCCUCCAUCCUGGGCCCGCAGAGCAGAGACAUCUUCUGCAUGAGCAACAGCUUCACUGCCAUUUCCACGCUCCUUACCCGACAACUGGAAACCACCAAGGCCAGAAAUGACAGGAGAAAACCCAGCACUGAAAUUGAAUUUCUUGAGAAGCUGGAAGAAACCAAGCUCGCUGUAGAUGAAAAUGAAGACCAUGAAGAGCUCCAAGUUAAAAUACAAGCUUUUGAAAACAAAAUAAAUGCUGAGGGCAACACCCCUGGCUCUAUCAGAAGAUAUAGUUUGGAUCAAGUUUCUAAGGAAGAAAGAAAAGGCAUUAGAUUUAACAGGUCAAAGAGUUUGGCUUUGCACGCUGUGCUAACAAACCCCUUGAGCACAGAGGAUGGGGAAACUGUGAAGAGCAGAGAUAUGCCAGCCAGCAUCUCUCUUUCAGAAAUAGACCCACUUGGCCAAGGACAUGAGAGGUCACUCUUUAAGGUAGACACGGAUGGAUCACAGCUACUAAAUUCUUCAGUUUCACACCAAAGUAUUAUACAUGUAGCAUCUGAGAAUUUGCCAGAAGCAGUUAAAAAAAACUAUCAGGAAGAAAUUCCAGAGACAACCACAAGUCCUGUAGAAUACCAUGAUAAGCUCUACUUGCACUUAAAGGAGAACUUCAGUAAAGUGAAAGCAUAUGCUGUAGAAAUGGUAAAGAAGAUUCCAGUCCCUGACCAGUGUACCAUUGAAGAUUCUGUUAGAAGUUGUGUAGCGAAGCUGUUCUUCACUUGUUCCCUGAAGGGUCAUUACUGCCUCUACAGUAAAUCCAGUUUUAUUCUCAUCAGUCAAGAACCUCAGCCAUGGAUCCAAAUCAUGUUCCUAUUUCAGCAGAGCCUGUUUCCUGAGCCGCUGUCCAUUCAGAGUCGUUCUGUACAGUUCCUCAGUGCUCUAUGGGAGAAGACGCAGGCAGAGGGUGCUCACAGCUUUGAAACGGCCAUGAUGGAGUCCACAUUCCCACAGCAGAAGGCUCUGGACCAGGUUCAGCUCCAUCUGGAAGAAGUGAGGUUCUUCGACGUGUUUGGCUUCAGUGAAGCAGCAGGAGCGUGGCAGUGCUUCAUGUGCAACAACCCCGAGAGAGCAACCGUUAUAAAUCAAGAUGGCCAGCCCCUCAUAGAAGGAAAACUUAAAGAGAAGCAAGUCAGAUGGAAGUUCAUCAAAAGGUGGAAAACCCGUUAUUUUACACUGGCUGGAAAUCAACUUCUGUUUCAAAAAGGAAAGUCUAAAGAUGAUCCUGAUGACUCCCCAAUAGAACUCAGCAAAGUACAGAGUGUGAAAGUUGUGGCCAAGAAACGCAGGGAUCGCUCUCUCCCCCGGGCUUUCGAAAUCUUCACAGACAAUAAAACCUAUGUUUUCAAGGCCAAGGAUGAGAAGAAUGCAGAAGAGUGGCUCCAGUGCAUCAGUGUGGCAGUUGCCCAAGCAAAAGAGAGGGAAAGUAGGGAAGUAACCACAUAUCUCUAG